AUGCCGGUUACCAGGUCACAGAAGGGUGCCCCCUCACGUCCCGGGUUCCGUCCCUCAGAUAAGGACGCGACAGGUGAAAUGUCAGAAUCAGAAGGGGUCACGUCUGCGUCAGCGUCAGCAUCAUCAGGAACAGCAACUACGUCAGAUUCUUCAGGCACUAUGACCACAGAGGAUACCACAACGACAGAGACCACAGUUGCAACUGCCACCACGGCGGCAUCCGAGGAUAACGGACCGAAGGAUGAAACCGCACAGAAGGAGACGACCAAGAAGACUCCAGAGGAUAUUCCAGACAAGGGCGUUCAUGGCUCUGCCACAACCCCUAAGCCGAAGGGGGUCAGUCGUCGCGCCAGGUCUAUGAAGACCACGAGCUCCUCAGCCAGGAGACGGGAGCUGGAAGCCAGAGAAGAAUUAGCACCCAUGGAGCUAAAGCAAACUCAAGCUGCGGCGAAGCUAGCACGCGUCAGAUUAGAGCUAGCACAAUGUGAAGAGGAGGACUCCGUGGAUGAAGACCAGGAAGACAGAACAGCACAGGUGCAGAACUUGAUCGAGACAUCAGUAAUGGAAGAAAACGACAUGGAAAAACACGAGCAACGAGGUCAGCACCCUCCGGAAGAGCCAAAUGUAAAGCCUGAAGAGAACUCCUCAACGUAA